AUGGUCAAUAUACCGAAGCAACGUCGCACGUUUUGUAAAGGGAGAAAUUGUAGAAAGCAUACAGUUCACAAGGUGUCACAAUACAAAAGUGGGAAACGUAGGACUACUUCUCAAGGUGGACGUCGUUAUGGCUAUAAGCAAGAAGGCUAUGGUGGUCAAACGCGACCUAUAUUUCAUAAGAAAGCGAAAGUGACCAAGAAAAUUGUCUUAAGAAUGGAAUGCAACGAAUGUCAUCAUAUUAAUCAAGUGGCUUUGAAACGAGCCAAAAUAUUCCUAUUAAAUAGUGAAAAGAAACAGAAGGAUGAGCUUGACCAAUGGUGA